AUGGAAAAUUUAGAAUCAAAAUCUGAAUUAAUGAGCUUUAAAAAGGCAUUAGAAAAUAUUGAAGAAACUCAAAGGUAAAAGAAAGAAUAUGUCGAGAAUGUUUUAGUUUUUAACAUCAAAUAACUUGAAGAACUCUAAAACGCUCUUCGUUAGUUGAAAUCUAAUAUUGUUCAGUAAUUGGAUUAAUUGAUAGUAAAUGCAAAUGAAUGGAUUAAACAAAUUUAGAUAAAGGGAGACUCAAACUUUAUAUAUAGUUUCUUUGAUGAAUUAGAAAAAUUAAUUGAUAAAACAAAACUUGAUUUAUCAAAUUAGAACUUUAUAGUUGAUCAAAUUAAUUAAAUUAAUUAAUAGUAGAAUCAAAAGAUCUUUAAAUAAUUGAAAUAAUUUAAAUCUUUUUAAGAAACUAAGAUAUGUGUAGAAAUUUUAAUAAGUUUAAAAAAUGCCAAUUUAAUAAAAGAGAAGGAAAUAUUGAUUAAAGAAAUUUAAGAAAUUAAUAGUAAGAAAUAAAAGGAAACGAACUAAGUAAUAUAUUUAAUAGAAUUAAUAGGAAUAAUAGUUAAUGAUCGAUAAGCAAGUUAAACUUAAAUUAAUUGAUAAUUCUAAUUAAUAGAGUGGUUAUUGUUAUGCAAUAGUAUUUGAUAAAACUGGAUCAAUCAUGAUUUCAUGUAAUAAUGAGGAGAUUAAAAUUUGGAAUUUUGAAUAAGGAAGAUUUAAAUUAAUUAAUAAAUAUUAAAAUCAUAAAGAUAGAGUUACAUGUUUGGUAUAUAGCAAAUUGAGAAAUAACUUUAUAUCUGGUUCUUAUGAUAAGACUAUCAUCUGUUGGCAAUAAAUUAAUUAAAAAGAGUGGAAGUAUUCAUAGCCAUUCUAAUAACACAGUGGAACUCUUCAUUGUUUGAUGUUAAAUAAAUAGGAGGAUCAACUUAUUUCAGGAGGUUAGGAUGAUUCAAUAAAAGUUUGGAAUGUAGAUUUUAUAAAAAAUGAACUGAAUUUUCAGUACUCAUUAGAUAAACAUAGUAAUAGUGUAUUUUCAUUCUGUUUUAAUUCAUCUGAAACUGUAAUGGUAUCAUGCGGAUAUUCUGAUUUUGUCAUAUGGGAGAAAGGAAUUUAAGGAAACUGGGAAUUUUAAUAUAAACAAGAUGUUUCAUAUUUUGGAUAUAAAUUACAUUUAAUUAAUGAUUAAAAAUUUCUUUGGGUAACUUUGAAUAAGUAUAUUUUGGUGUUUGAGACAUAGAAUGGAGUCUUUUAAGAAAAUAUUAAGAAAACUAUCAAAUUGACUAAGAAUAAUGAAUGUUAUGAUGAUCUAUAUUUCCCUAUUAUUCAAAAUAAAGAUAAAAAUAUAAUAUUGGUAAGACAUAAACAUUAUAUCUAUCUAAUAAGAGAAGAAAAUCAUGGCAAAUUUAAUCUUAUGGCAUCAUUAAAUUGUUAAAAUCAUGAGAUUUAUGGAACUAUGACCAAUAAUGGAUAGUAUUUAGUAUUUUGGGAUAAGAAAUAUGAAAAUUAUUAAUCAUAUGAGAUAUUAAAUAAAUGA